AAUUCCAUUUUAAAAUAAUCGUUCUUGACCGACCGGUGAUUAAAAGUUGAAAGAAACUUAUGAAUGAAAAAUGCACGUGAGUGGAGAAAGAGAACCUAGACUUCAGCGAUAUGAAAAGAUUGAAUUUUUGGGAGAAGGACAGUUUGCGACAGUCUACAAGGCGAAAGAUACUCUAAACGAUAACAAAAUAGUUGCCGUUAAAAAGAUUAAACUGGGUUCACGAGAAGAGGCUAGAGAUGGAAUCAAUCGAACAGCUUUGAGAGAAAUCAAGUUACUCCAAGAACUCAAGCAUGACCAUAUAAUUGGUUUACUCGAUGUCUUUGGUCACCGUUCUAAUGUAUCUCUGGUGUUUGACUUUAUGGAUACUGAUUUGGAGCAAAUAAUCAAGGACACAACCAUCAUUCUCACUCCAGCACACAUUAAAGCUUACAUUCUUAUGACACUUCAAGGACUUGAAUAUCUCCAUCUUCUAUUUAUUCUUCACAGAGAUCUGAAACCAAACAAUCUUCUUGUUGAUCGUCAAGGAAUACUGAAACUUGGUGAUUUUGGUUUGGCAAAAUCGUUUGCAUCACCCACUCGUAUCUACACUCACCAGGUUGUGACGAGGUGGUAUAGGUGUCCAGAACUGUUGUUUGGUGCUCGAAUGUACGGUACCGGUGUUGAUGUAUGGGCAGUAGGUUGCAUAAUGGCUGAACUUUUGCUUCGACUCCCCUUUUUACCUGGAGAAUCUGACUUAGAUCAACUUACACGUAUUUUUACAACUUUGGGCACUCCAAACGAAGAGAAUUGGCCAGGACUGCUUUCGCUACCAGAUUUUGUUCAGUUUAAGGCUUUCCCCGUGAUUCCAAUGCGGCAUAUUUUCACCGCCGCCGGAGAUGAUUUGCUGCAGCUUUUGAGUCGUUUUUUGGCAUUGCAUCCUUUAGACAGGUGUACUUGCAGCGAAGCUUUGCAAAUGCCGUAUUUCAGCAAUAAACCAGCUCCAGCUCCAGGAUCAUCUCUACCUCUACCUGCAUCUCUAAGUCAAGCAGCAGUCGACAAAAGCGGAACAAAACGUAAAGUGACUGACAACGGGGAGGGAGGUUCAUUAGCGAAACGUUUAGUUUUCUAAUAAGUGGUUGAACCAAUACAUAUGUUUCUAAUAUAA